CAACACUUAACUUUAAGGGGGGGUUACAGUUGUGUGGGUGGUCAAUCGUUGCUGCAAGCUGAUCCCAGUUCAUUCAUAGGUUCUUGCUAGCAUCUGCAUAAAUAGAAUGUCGUCUUUGGAAUAUUCUUCCGCCAGAUAUGACGAGCUACCGUUAGAGAUUGUUUUGAAAAUAUUUGGCUUUCUGGAGUACUCGGAUCUUCUGGCGGCUGCAUCGACUUGCCACAGAUGGCACUCGGCAUUGGAACAGACCGAGUUCAAAGCGCGCACCCGUGUCUGUUUCUCGAAAGUGGUGCUCUCGGAUACACAGAGUCCGGCAGUGGAUUUGCUGCGAUGCGAAAGGCGCUUCAACCACUUUAUGCUCGAAGAUGUGACCCUUGGGCAGGUGAGGGAGCUGCUGAGGUUUAUAGGUCAAACGGCCCAGUCUCUGACGCUGGACAAUGUUGAUCUGAAUGACAAGCAGUUCUAUGGCAUGUUGGGAGUGCUACCGCACCUCCAUUCGCUUUCCCUGAAGCGCUGCUUGCCGCUGUUCAUGUCUGGCUCCUUUCUCGAAAGCUACACCAAUUCCUUCGCAAAUCUCAACGAAUUGGCCAACAACUUGGCGGGCAUGCGGGAACUGGCGCUAUGCGAUAAUCAAUAUCUCACCGACGCCAUCCUAAUGCGACUCACGUCGUUCAUGCCUCGCCUCGAGGUGAUCAAUAUGUCUGGCUGUCAAAUAGCCUUCCACAACGCGCUGCAGCGACGCUUCUACCCCAACUCAAACUCCGCCGACAGUCUGCUGCCCAGCGAAUCGUUGCUUACAUUCAACUUUAUUCUGACCAUUCUGAACCUGCAGCGCAGAACGCUGCGGGAGUUGGACUUCAGUAACACCCUCAUCGGACAAUCUCUGCUGUCGCUGUGCGAUCUCGAUCUACAGUUGCAACGCCUCUAUCUGGGCGGUUGCAGACAGCUAAAUGCCACGACGGUGCGAACCUUCCUCGCCACUCAACCGCUUUUGACUGCCUUGGACUUGUCGGGGACCACGUGCGUGACCGAUGAUAACUUGGCCUGCAUUGCGGAGACAAAUUCGCAGCUCGAGCACUUGAAGAUCAACGGAUGCACAUGCGUCACUAAUGUGGGAGCGAUCCACCUGCACAAGCUGCGGCGCCUGAAAAGCCUGGACAUCUCCAACUGUGAUGGCGUAACCAGCGAUGGCAUCACCGCGGGCGUGGCAGCCGAAGAAAACAACGUACUGCUAGAGCUAAAUGUGUCGCACCUGCAAAUCUGCGAAGAAUGCAUCAAGUCCAUUGCAAGCAAUUUGCGCUCCCUGCGAUCGCUGCAUCUGAACAACUGUGUGAAUGGGGUCACAGAUGAGGCCAUACAGUUCGUGAUUGGUCAGCUGCGUUGGCUGCGCGACCUGUCCCUGGAACAGUGCUCUGCCCUGACAGAUGCUGCUCUCACUGGCUUAAACAUAUCUAAGCUGGAGCUGAGUCGCAAGCAAUCGGGCCCUCAAGCGUCUACAAUGGAGAACUUCUACCCACCGUAUAGCCAUAGCUUGGGGGAGCGAGACGGCUCUCUGCAGUCCAUCAAGAUAUCGCUGAGGAGCAAAGCAGAGGACGAGAUCGUGCGCGAUGCCAGACGCAAGCAGGUCAUGCUGGCCGCCUACGAAAUGAACCUGAUACAUAAGGAGGACUUCGAGGGGCACAACAUUCAGCAGCUGCGGGGUCUGCGCUCCCUCAACUUGCGUGGAUGCAACAAGAUCAGCGAUGUCUCCCUGAAGUACGGCCUGAAGCAUAUCGAGCUACGGCGAUUAAUGCUCUCGAAUUGUCAGCAAAUCUCCUUGCUGGGCAUGGAGGCUCUGGUCAACAGCUGCCCCUCCAUUGAGGAGCUGGAUCUGUCCGAUUGCUACAACAUCACAGACAGAACCAUGCAGGUGGUCACAGCCAAUCUGCCCCGCCUGCGCGCCUUGCAUAUCAGUGGCUGCAGCCAGCUGACCGAGCACACUCUCGACGCCAUCAUCGUGAACUGCACUGGUCUGCAGACCCUUUCCGUCUACCGAUGCCGCAGCAUGUACGCGGACAUCGAGGAGCGUUUGUCCGGCAUGCACACGCUGCGUAACCUCAAUAUGGACAAUAUGACGAGCAUCGACAAUGCCGAGUUCUUUCGCUUAAAGAAACGUCUCGAUUACUGAUAUUUUGCCGCCGUUUUAAUUGUUUUAGUACUGUAUUAUUUUCAAUUGUACAAUUUUCGCUAGUCACAGGUCCGGAUUCCCAGUACCCCCCAGUUCGAUACGGCACGGGAAACCUAUUUUUAGCACACGACCUUCGCAGCUGUCUUUUGUGGAGAGGUCUUUAGAUAUGAAAUAUUUAGCAAAAUAUAUAUACAAUUUUUAUAGAUAUGUAUAGUAUAUAAGUAUAAGUAUGCUCACAUAUGUAUGUACAUUUACUGUACAACACAUAAUAGGAAAAUGAUUAAUUAAUUUCAUUUGUGAAUUGGUUAAUUUCUAUAGGGAAAAAUCUGUCCACAAGUAUUGUAUGUGUGUAUGUACGUAGCUGUGAUUUUUUUUAUGAAAUACUUACAAUUCGUAUGUUAAGUAUAUGUAUGUACAUUGUACAUACGUAUUUGUUGUAUUGUGUGAAAUGUUUCUUAAAUUCAUUUAUUUUAUGUGUUAUUUUUAAGUGUUGAAAAUGUGUUAAUUUGUUACUAAGGAAAUCUAAGGAAGCUAAAAUAAAUAAAUAACUUGACUAAUCGUUGCCAAAU